AUGGCGUCUUGCUCGCAUUUCUCGAGUGCAAAUCUGAAAAUUCCCACUGACUCUAGUCGAAUUCAUAAGGAGGAGUGUACGCUUUGUUUUGAUUCACAGGAUUUGCCGCCAGGCAUCGAUGUUUGUUUGACGUGUUUUAAUGCGGGCUGUAAUAGUUCAGAACGUCAUCAUGCUGAAACCCAUUAUCAAAAGACAAAUCACCCUCUAGUUCUAAACGUUUACCGAAUGUUAAAAGAUAAGCCAAAAAGGGCAGUUGAAACUGAACCUCCUCAAAAAAUUAGUAAACUUGCGAUCGUUCCAGAAUCUGACAAGGAUAAAUAUGAAUAUGUUACGCGAGCCAAAUGUUAUGCGUGUGGCGGUAUGGAAGUUGAUAAAACCGUCGGAAAUUUACCCUUUGUAAUUGAUUCGGUCAUGACUUCGUUAUCUGCUUUAAAAAAGUCUGAAGCAGAAGCGUGGGAAAAAGAAAUUACUGCAUGUGAUCAUACACGAAACUUAAAGCAAGAUCCUCCGAAAACAUUGGAGUCAAAAGUUUUGGCACAUUGUAAAGAAUGUGAUUUAAAGGAGAAUCUUUGGCUUUGUUUAACUUGUGGGAGCCUUGGUUGUGGACGACAACAAUAUGGUGGAUCAGGCGGAAAUGGACAUGGUUUAGCUCAUUUUGAUAAAACCAAGCAUCCAAUAUCUUGCAAGCUUGGAACAAUUACUCCAGAAGGAACAGCAGAUAUUUAUUGCUAUUUAUGUAAUGACUCAAAAUUGGAUCCUUAUUUGGGAAAUCAUUUGGGUAAUUUUGGAAUAAAUGUCGAAUCACAACUGAAAACUGAAAAGAGUAUAACCGAAUUGGAACUUGAACGAAACCUUGAAUUUGACUUUACCAUGAUUACUGAGGAUGGCAAAGAACUGGAGCCGUUAUUCGGUCCUGGUUAUACUGGUAUUAAAAAUUUGGGAAAUAGUUGUUAUAUGGCUUCUGUUCUUCAAGCUGUUUUUUCUUUGGAUGCGUUUCAACAAAGAUAUUAUCCAACUGCGAUGGAGCAUCAUUUGCAAUGUCCGCAAGAACCAGCAAAUUGUCUUCAAUGUCAGUUAUCCAAGUUGGCAGAUGGCUUGUUGGGCGGUCGUUAUUCUCAACCUGUUCAGGCGGGUGAAGCGGAAAAUGAUAAACGUGGACAAGAUGGUAUCUCUCCAGCUAUGUUUAAAGCAUUAAUUGGGAAAGAUCAUGAUGAGUUUUCCACCAUGAGACAGCAGGAUGCUCAUGACUUCUUGCAAUAUCUUAUUACAAUUAUCGAGAGAAAGGAACAUAAUAAUCCAGAAAAUGAUCCAACCAAUAUCUUUAAAUUCACAGCACAACAACGUUUACAGUGCUUGGAGUGUAAACGGGUGCGCUAUACUGAAAACUCUGAAUCAAUUAUAUCAAUUCCCGUCCCUGCACAUAAAAUUGAAGGUUCCGAAGAAAAAUAUGAACCUAUAACAUUUGAAAAAUGUAUAGAAUCUUUUACAGGAGAUUCUAUGAUUGAAUAUUUUUGCCCAGCUUGCAACAAGGAAACUCAUGCUACCACAAAUAAAAGAUUUGUGACAUUUCCUGAAGUUUUCGUUAUUCAUACAAAAAGAUUUGAUGAAACAGAAAAUUGGGUUCCUCGUAAAAUUAACGUUCCCAUUCUUUUCGAACAGGAUAUUUUAAAUUUUGACAAAUAUAUCGCACAUGGAAAGCAAGAAAACGAAGAGCUUUUACCUGACUCUUCGGCACCCGCUAUUGACGAAAAGGUUCUUAAUCAGUUGUUUGAAAUGGGUAUUUCUGAAAUCGGGUACAAGAAGGCUUUGAUUGCUACUGGAAAUAAUGGAACUGAAAGUGCUAUGAAUUGGUUAAUGGAUCAUAUGGGCGAUCCAGACAUCGAUAAGCCAAUUGCGAGUUCAUCCAGUACAUUAGGGCCUUCCGAAGCCGAUGUCAGUCAGUUAAUGGAUAUGGGAUUCACUAAAACGAGAGCACAAAAAGCUUUAAGAGAAACAAACAACGAUGUUGAACGGGCUGUCGAAUGGCUCUUUAGUCAUUCUGAAGAGGAUUCAAACGAAGUUAUAUCAUUGCAACCGGGUCAUGAUUCUAAUAGUACUAUUGGAGGUACUUCGUUACACUGUGGUCAUUAUGUAGCUCAUGUAUACAAAGACCAACAAUGGGUGUUGUAUAACGAUAACAAAGUAGUCAAAGCUUGUCAAGUUCCUUUAGGAGAAGCCUAUAUUUAUAUUUUGUGCAGG